AUGACCAAUGAUAGCCACGUACGAGAGUAUUUAGACCCAGGAGUGCGGAAUACGAUUCCGCCAGACCAGAUCAAUAGACUGAGCUACUGUUUGCAUCCCGACGGUUACAUUAACCCCUAUGAAACGCCGGUCGCCUUAACCGAGUACCAGCUCAAGUAUUGCACGUUUAAGCUGGAAAACGCCAAGCAAUUAGACGUAUCGCGUGCCGAACGAAACCGCGUACUCGCCCUAAUGGAAAAUCUGUUGACAGUCCAGCAACGGUCGUACACCAACCCACGCGAUUCCCACUAUCCAGUCAUCGGGUCGGCAGCGAUAAAACCGGCGCUGGACCGGUCCAAAGAGGCAGAGAUGAGAAACUUCAAGAUGAACGGCUGGACCGAAUACCAAGCCGUAUACGAUCGGUACGGAUACAAGGAAAUCGCGUAA